GCAUGUGCAAACGGUGUUGCCACGGCCCAAUCCGUCCGUGAAAUAAGGACGGAAAGCAUUCUGUGGCAUAAAUUACAUCUAUUUUCAUUUUACUUGUAAAUAUAACUGAUAAUAUCACAACACAUAUGCUGUAUUUAACUUACCUACAGUAGUGAUUUUGUCCAACGCAGUUAUAAAUCCGGAUUCCGGAAUUAUUUCAUUGCAGAGGAUAUAGCUGCUGGUUAAUAAGUUCCGUUGUGUUGUCUGACAGAAAAUAUGUAACGUAAUUGAUAACAGUUUUAUAUUGGACACGUGAGGAAGGAUUAGGGAAAACACGCAGAAUGCAAAUACGACUUAAUUACGUCUUCCUCUUUUCUGGUAAGGUCAAAACAAAGGAGAACACCAAGGGAUACAAAAGGAGUCGUUUAUUAAAUAAGGCUGCAGGCUACAGAUUUUCCCUCUCACGACAAAUACCAAGCCAGCCACGGUUUUCUCACACGGGCUCAAACAAACACACAUCACUGCCUGGGAUUAACAGGUUAAGUAUAAUCAGUCCAGCAUUUUACACAGCGACCCACGCGGUUUCAAUCCAAAACCUUACUCCGUGCACAGCUUUAUUCCCCCGUCUAUGUCCGAAAGGCCGCCCCCGAAGGACACAUUUGCGCUGCAGUUAAAAUCCAUCGCAUCCACACAUUCUCACACUCACACUACAGUCAAACAUUAGAAAGAGUUAUGCUUCCCUGGAAGGAGGACUAUCCCGUCCCACCGUACUCCUCCGGGGGAUGAAAAUGAUUAUUAUUAUCUCGGAGAACGCAUGUAGCGCUCAGGCAAAAUCAGCGGAGGUAAACUUUAAACUCAUUUUUAAAUGAUGCAUAAGAGUAAUAAAAGGUAAAACUGCAAAGCUAGGUAAGGUUUCUUUCUAUGACAGUAAAAAUAUUUUUCCCAAUAUCAAUGUCAACCGGUUAUGCAAAGAAAUUGCCGCGGAAACGCAAGCGCCGCCUUGAAAACAGUUGAAAAGUCAAAAAAUAACGAUAAACGAAGUAAAAAACAAAAACAGCAUUUUAUUGAAUAUGUCAAUACAUAUGCGUAUAUAAGCGUGCUGUCCUAGCGAUGUGAUUUUCUUAUAAAUAUAGCGAUAUCGUUUUACUGUAAUAGAGAUUGGGGUAUUUAUAACACAAAAAAGGCGCUCAUGCAAAAGUAGCUGAGGUAAACUUUAAACUGAUUUUAAACGAAUUCAAAGAAGGAUGGAUAAUUAAACGUGCAAAGCUUGCGAAGUUUUUUUCCUAUGACAUAGUAACAGAGUAAAAAUAUUUUAGCGAAAUUCUCUAUACUAGACCUAAUUUUGCCCAAUCUCACCGAGUACGGGAAAACAUACCCGUUUACGCUCCCUGCGACGAGCCUUCCUCUCUCUCCUGCACACAAUAUCUCCCCCUUCACUGGUGCAACUUGAGUUUGAGUGCGGUCGCCCCCCGCACCGCUUACUACAUAAAAUACCUUUUUUUAUUACGCCUUGGACGGCUAUGGUGAUUUAUUUAUUUUAGCAACGCUUUGACCUUAAGAACGAAUAAACUGUAAAAUAUUAGAUAGCUCAUAAACCGGGAAAUUAAUUAUACUACUGCAACAUAAUGUUUAGUAAUAACUCAUGUAUCAUUCAACUUUUUUUAAAAAAAAACAUAUACACGUGGACUAUUGCAACGUUCUAGAACUGUCAAUGACGUAAAACGCGAUAGAAAAUUUGCCUAUUUAAACGAAACGCACCUGUGAACUCCUUAUUGCGUUCUCUGUCUCUGUGAGCAAUGGCAUUCUCAUCCUUCUUGGCGAGCCUCCUCAUCAUGAUGUCUCUUGUUGACAACAGCUUCUCCGAGGGUGAAGCUUCUUUUCAAAGGUGCACAUCCUUCAAGUGGCCCUUCACCCCACUUUGCGACUUGGGCACUGUAUGGGGUGUGGUGGUGCCAGUGGGACUGGGCGGGGCAGCCCUGGCCUCCCUCAUCCUGGCCCUGGUGCUGCUGUGCCGCUUAAUGCGGAACAUCGAGGCAAAAAGGCGUAGCGAGGUAACACCGCUGCUGUUGCUGCUAGCCAGCAUCAUUGGGCUAUGCGGCCUCAGCGCGGUGUAUCUCACUGAGGAGGGCCAGCAUGCCUGCAUAUAUAGAUAUGCAAUCUUGGCUAUGUUGUUUGUGCCAUGCCUUGCAUGCCUGCUGGCCCAGGGCAUGCGGCUACACCGGCUGGCACAAACAACAUAUAGCCGCAUCAUUGGAGCCAUGGUGGGGUUCAUUGCCUUGCUGGCCGGGGCACAAGGUAUCGCAACUACCCUAUGGGUAGUUGCGAUCACCAUGAAUCAGGGCCAGCUAGCCUGUCGGUCCCGGCCACAGGACCUCACCAUGGCUUUCAUUUAUGUGCUGGUCCUCCUCAGUGCGGCGCUCUCUGGGGUGGCAUGCAGCUGGUUCCAGAGGCAGCCCUCAAAAUGCAGGGUGGCAUGGCUGCUUGCUACUUGGGUGGCCUCUGCCCUGCUGUGGGGUGCCAGGCUCUGCUUCCACACACGUGCCAACGCAGCUCUUGGUCUUCCCUCCACUUGGGAUGACCUUGAGCAUGCGUUGGCGCUGGUGGUGCAGGCCUGGCUCCUCCUACUGCUGCAUGCCAUCCCAGAGGCCCACACCUGGCUGCGCCUAGCCUCAGAGCCCUGCCCACAGACCCCAGCCAACGUCACCACCACUGGCUCCAGUGAGGAAAUUUCCCUGUCCUCCUGGCCAUUUGGGCACAUGCAGGGCUCCUGGUCCAGUCAGAGCAGUUCAGCCAGGAACACUGACGUUGAACAAGGGCCCAGUACCCCCUUCGGCAGCAACCAGUCCAUCACCAUCACCAUCCCGGAGGAGGGAGCAGUGACCUCCAUCUAAGGAGCACUGUGGAGAGCGCCCAAGCUCCUUUGGAGAUGGACAGACGGCAGCAGACCAUAAGGAGGACUGGACAGUUGACCCAUUACAUGAUUAACUUCAAGUUGACGUCUGCUGUCUCUCACUCACAUAUGGCCUCCCCGGUCUACACGCACCCAUCUAUGGAGCACUGUGGAGAGCGCACAAGCUCCUUUGGAGAUGGACAGAUGACGGCAGACCUUGAGGAGGGCUGGACGGUCA